GGUGAACACACAUAGAAGAUCAUCAGAACCGUGUACAGUUUGCAUUUGAUUUAAGAGCUUGUAAGAGCACUCAUCAUGGAGAAACAGCAGAUUGUCUUGAGUAACCGGGAUGGUGGGACUGUGUCUGGUGCAGCACCUGCUUUUUUUGUCAUCUUGAAACCGCAGCAGGGAAAUGGUAGGGCUGACCAAGGAAUCCUCGUCGCAAAUCGUGAUGCUUAUGCUCUCGCCAGCAGCGUAUCUUCUCCAGUGAAAUCCAAAAUCAAGACCUGCCUCCCAGCUGACUGCGUCUCAGGGGGUGUUACUGUCACUCUGGAUAACAAUAGUAUGUGGAAUGAAUUCUAUCAUCGCAACACAGAGAUGAUCUUGUCGAAGCAGGGCAGGCGCAUGUUCCCGUACUGCCGAUACUGGAUUACAGGUCUGGAUUCCAGUCAGAAGUACAUCCUGGUCAUGGACAUAUCCCCUGUGGACAAUUACCGAUACAAAUGGAAUGGCCGUUGGUGGGAGCCCAGUGGGAAGGCAGAGCCGCAUGUUCUCGGGCGAGUGUUUAUUCAUCCAGAAUCCCCUUCCACUGGCGAGUACUGGAUGGGCAAGCCGGUAUCUUUCUACAAACUCAAACUUACCAAUAAUACCCUGGACCAGGAGGGUCACAUAAUCUUGCAUUCUAUGCACCGUUACCUGCCUCGGCUUCACUUGGUUCCUGCAGACAAAGCCACAGAAGUCAUUCAGCUCAAUGGCCCUGAUGUCCACACAUUUACCUUUCCACAGACGGAGUUCUUUGCAGUUACAGCCUACCAGAACAUCCAGAUUACACAGCUGAAAAUAGAUUACAAUCCUUUUGCUAAAGGAUUCAGAGAUGAUGGGCUGAAUAGUCGUCUUCAGCGUGAUUUGAAACAAAACAGUAACUUAGAAUUGGAAGGAGGUGAUGGUUUUAGCGCUGCUAGCAUUCAUGGUCACCCUGCUGAAGUAGAUGCAUUAGAUUUGCGCCAGAGAAGCUUAGAUUCUUCAUUUGUUGGCCAGAACCCAUCAGACGUUGAUCUGGACAGAGAGUCCUUUAAUGCAGAAAGGGAAUUCCUGAGUUUCCUGCACACUGAUCUGUCUUCGGAUGAGAUGCCAAAGCUAAAGCAAGAAGUCUCUGAAAGUCCCAUUGCCAGCAGUUACGAAAGCAGUUCCCGUGUGGCAUCCCCAUUGGACCCAAAUGGGCACUUUAAUGUAGUCGUUAAAGAGGAGCCAGUGGAUGACUAUGACUACGCGUCAAGUAUUAGCACACAAGGAGUAACUGUUAAACAGGAGGACACAGAUGAAGAAACUGAUGAGUAUUCCAACACUGAUGAUGAUGAUCCCAUCCUACAAAAACACCUUGUGAGACGCAGUGAAGCAGAUGGAAUUGAUGGAGAAUUCAAGUCCAGGAAGCGUAUACUAAGCAGUCCUUCAGGUGUUGCCAAAGCAAAAAUGUUAAAACUGGAUAGUGGGAAGAUGCCUGUAGUCUAUUUGGAACCUUGUGCAGUCACAAAGAGCACAGUGAAGAUUUCUGAGCUGCCACAGACCAUGCUCUCCUCUUGCAAGAGGGAUAAAUCCCCUUUGAGUGCAAUACUGGACUCCAUGCCUGUGUGUCUUGAAAAUCACAAAGGCUCUUUCUCAGACACAGCCACUGUGACUGAGGACUUAGUUGUGAAAAAACAAUCUCCUGGGAGUAAAAUAUCACAGAGAUACUCUUCAAUCAGAGAGGCCCAGUGGGGUCUGUCUAAAUCACCUAAUUUUAGUCUCAGGGGCUCAGUAAGUUGUCACUUUUCAGCUAAAGAGAUCUGUGGAAGAAAAAGGCCUGGCAUACUGAAGAAUCCUAUAUCCCUGAAAGGUUCUGGUAGCAAUCAAAACACCCUAUCAUCAGUUACAACUAAAAGAGGAAGGCCACGGAAACUGAAAAUUUCCAAGGCUGGUCGACCGCCCAAAGGUAUAGGGAAAACUGUAAUAAGCAAGAACACCUCUCUUGGGCCUGGGAGUAUCCUUCCAGAUGUUAAGCCAGACCUUGAAGAUGUUGAUGGAGUCCUCUUUGUGUCCUUUGCAUCAAAG